AUGCCUGCAGCAAAGACAAAAUCCACGGCCGGUGCCAACGGCUCCGCUGCUCCCAAGGCUGCCUCCAGGAGCGGAACUGCGACGCCAGUUUCAACCGUUGGCACCAAGGACGCGGGUGAAGCUGCCGCCACGUUGACUGGCAAGCCCGACAAAAAAGCCUUCGAAGCUGAGCAAGAUGCUAUCAAGGCUGCAAUCGACGCUGCACAGACCAAGCUCAACGCCGUUCGUGACAAAAUUGGACUUGCGACCGGCUCUGGUUCAAGUGAACGUCGAAACGAGCUCCUUAACCAACUUAAUGAAAUUAAGGGGCACCAGUCCUUGAACAAGUCUUCCCGAUUGAAGCUUCGUGAACAGAUUGACGCGAAGCAGGAGGCUCUCCAACAGAAGAUCAAGGCUUUGCAGAACGCAAAGGCCAAGAUCCCCUUCAAAACCGUUGCUGAAAUCGAUGCUCACAUCAAGAACCUCGAGAGACAAGUCGAGUCUGGUAACAUGAAGCUCGCUGAUGAGAAGCGAGCAUUGGCAGAGAUCAGCACUACCAAACGUAGUCGACGCAUCGUCGAGGGCUUCCAGGCAGACCAGGAAGCCAUCGAUACCGACAAACGGGAGAUUGAAGAGCUCAAGAAACAACGCGACGAUCCCGAACUCAAGGCCAUCAACGACAAGUACGAUGCCAUCAAAGCCGAACUCGAUGAGUUGAGGAAGCAAGGAGACGAAGCUGCUGCUCAGCGCAACAAGCUUUACCAAGAACGCGACGCCUUGCAAGCUGAGCUCAAGGAACUUUACAACCGAAAACGCGAGUCCUUCCAACGCUACAAGGACCACAACGACCGCUACUGGGCCAAGGUGAACGAAGACCGUGCCCGACGAGCCGAGAGAGCGCGUGCUCAAAAGGCUGCUGAGGAGCUGCAAAAGAAGAAGGAGCUCGCCGAACGUUUGUUGGAGGAAGCCCAGGUCCCUGCCUUCCAGGCCCAUAUCGACGACUGCCAAACCCUCAUCGACUUCUUCUCCGGCAAGACCACCGGUGCUCCCACCUACAAGAGCCUCGAGAACCAGGAAAAGGCCGAGCUACCUGGCGUUAAGAAGUUGGAGAUCAGGAAGGUCGAGGAUAUCCCCGAAGGAUCCAUCGUCCGGAAAAAGAAGGGAGAGGACGAGGAGUCGUACUUCGUUGGUGGCAAGGGCAAAUCCAAGGGCAAGAAGGGUGGAAAGACCGACUCACCCGCGACGCCUACCACUGCUUCGACCUCUGCUUUGAACGUUCCCCUGCCAACUCUCUCGGCGCUUCUCUCCAUGUCAAUACCCCCUCCCACAUCCACUGCCGACGUACCCCGUGUCAUUGAGGAUCUCAAGACCAAGAAGGCGUGGUACGAGGCGAACCAGGACCGUGUUACUGCCGAGAACGUCGCCAAGGCCGAGAAAGAAAUCCAGCGCCUAACCGGCGAGACCAAGCCCGCUGCUGCUGCUCCUGCUGAAUCUUCCGAACCGCCAUCACCAAGUCAAGAUGAUGCAGCACCCAAGGAGGGCGAGGACGCCGUGGAGGCCGAUUCAUAG